CCUGGGGAUUUUAUCCGCCAUCCAAACCACCGCGGUUUCCGUUUCUGGAAGCUUAAGAAGAUGAGAAUGGAAGAGCGGUGAAUAGUAAGCAAGAAAUUCGGACUUGUAGAGAGGAGAAGGAGAGGAAGAAGACCGUCGUGGAGAUGUGCCAAAACCCUAAUCCGUCCUUUGGACCGAACCAUAAUGGCCUCCCUAGCCCUAGCAACCCGAAGGAGGAUCGGGAGCUCAAGAGACAGGUACAGGUGAAAGAGUUCGCGUUGGUGCUGGCCAAUAGUGAUGUGGCCGUGCGUGUUCAGGCAGCUAGGGAUAUCCGUAAGAUUGUCCGUGGAUCUCCUAGAGGGCGUUCGGCCUUCGCAGUACCCGCGAUUAUUCAGCCCCUUGUCGCCAUGCUACAAUCGGCCGAUCACGUUUCAAGGGAGUCGGCGCUUCUUGCUCUUCUUAACAUGGCAGUUCGCAAUGAACGAAACAAGGAAAAGCUAGUGUCAAGUGGUACUGUUCCACUUCUUGUUGAAAUGUUAGGGUCUGAUAAUACUCUAAAAGAGAUGGCCACUGCAGCAAUUCUCACCUUAUCAGCUUCAAAAUCCAAUAAAUCAACCAUUGCCGCCUCAGGCGCAACGCCUCUGCUCGUUAAUAUUCUUAUAUCUGGAAGCAUUCAAGGCCGGGUCGACGCCGUAACCGCACUUUACAACCUCUCCGAUUGUCACGAAAAUGGCACCGACGAUCUUUUUCUCUCCGCCGAAGCCGUAAUUCCACUUCUCACCCUCCUCAAAGACAGCAAGAAAUACUCCAAAUUUGCUGCUAAAACCACUGCUCUUCUUUCCAUCCUUUCUGAAUCAGAAGAAGGGAGAUGCGCCAUUUCAGAAGUGCAAGGUGGGAUUCUAACUAUCGUCGAAACCGUCGAAGAAGGCUCAUUGCUUAGCACCGAACACGCAGUUCGCAUCCUUCUUUCGCUGUGUCGAAGCAACAGGGAGAAGUACAGGGAACUCAUUCUGAAUGAAGGUCCCAUCCCAGGUCUGUUUCUAUUGACAGUAGAGGGCACAAAGAAGGCUUGUAAUUAUUCUCAUGACCUUCUAAAGCUGCUUAGAUAUGAUUCCCAGUCAAAGAAAUCAGAAUCUAAGGAGAUAGAAGCAAUUGAUUACAGUAACAAAGCAGAAGAAACAGCAAAAAUGUUGCUUCAAGACAUGGUUAGAAGAAACAUGGAAGAAAAUAUUAAGAAGCUUCAGCUCAGCAGUGCAGCAACAAGCAGUCAAGCCCACAGUUGAUUGAAGAAACUUCCUACUUUUGUAGUGUUCAAAGUUUGGUAUGUUUUGAAUCUACUGAUAUUGAUUCUUGUUUUUUAGGGUUUCUUUUCAUGGUUUGUAAAGUGUAUUAUAUAGUGUUGGAUCUAAUGGUUUUUUUUUUUUUUUUU